AUGUCAACCAAAGAGUUGUCCGGUGGAGCAAGGAUUCACUACAUUUUUCAGUCAAUUUUUGUGAAGAGCUUGGAGGGAGUGGAUCCUUGCGAAGAUCUAACUAACGAGGAUAUUAGGACGGCAAUUCAAAAUGCAACUGGUACCAAAAAUGCUUUAUUUGUGCCCGAGGUCCCAUUUGAAGUUUUGGUUAGAAGACAAAUUGGUCGGUUGUUAGAUCCUAGCCUCCAGUGUUUACGAUAUGUCUAUGAUGAACUAAUACAGAUGAGCCGUGCUUGUGAAGCAUUCGAGAUACGAAGGUUUCCUUUGUUGAGAAGGCGUCUGGAUGAAGUGAUGGGAAAGUUUCUGCGUGAUGGAGUGAAACCUGCUGAAAGCAUGAUUUGCAACAUUAUUGAGAUGGAGAUGGAUUAUAUUAAUUCUUCGCAUCCAAAUUUUAUUGGUGGGAAGAAAGCUGUGGAGCUUGCGAUGCAACACGUGAGAUCUUCAGAGGCAGGUCGGACUCAGUCGAACAAUGAUAAACCGGCGUCAGCAGGUAUGCUCGUUCUUUAUAGUGGUGGCAAUGGAACAAGGCAUCCAACUAUACACUCCUCCCCUUCUCUCUUCCGUUCGUUCAUCUUACAUGUUUAUCACUGGUGCAUGGUUGGCAUGGAUCAAAAGAUCAUCAUAUAUGACUAUGCUUUAAAUAAUAUAUUUGCUAUUUUUAAGGAUAUGACUCAUUUAUUUAGUUUUCAUGUGUAUGUGUGUGAUGUAGGGCACCUUUUUUGCCAGAAAAAAAUGAUCCUCUUGAUUAGAUAAUACAUUGGGAAAAGGGAAAAAUAUGGAUGGUUUGAAGAUAAUUAGAAGAAAAUGAAUGACAGAAAGGGAGAUAAGUUGAGUCGUGUCUCACUAGAGCUAUAAGAGUCACAUUUCUUAAUAUAGUUUAAAGAAAGGCAUAGGCAUCACAUCUGGGUUUCUAUGCAUCACAUGAAGAGGAGGUUGGACACACUAGUAAAUUGGAUCAACAGUCUGUUUCAUUCACUGCUCCAGCAACGGAUCAAUUCGACACUAAACAUAUCGGAGACUAUAGUUUGCAAACAAAGAGAACUAUGUGAAUAAUCGUGCUGGCCAAGAAUUCUUAGAUGUUAAUACAAGACCUAUCAAACAUGGCUCAAAUAAAAUAAUUAGGCCUAUAAUUGAAGUGUGCAGCCCCCUAGGAACCCAAUAUACUGAUUUAAUAUGAUGCAAAUAGGAGCAAGAAAUUGAGCAAAUAUAUACUGAUCUAAUAGGAGUGAU